AUGGAGAAAAACCCCGAAUCGCUAACCCUCACAUUCCUCGGAUGCGGUACCAUGGGCGUCGCCAUUCUCUCUGGAAUCCUCUCCAGCCUCACUAGCCUCCGCCUCCCCAGUGCUUCCGGUACCAGCACGCCAACCGCCGCCCUCCUCCCAACGCGUUUCCACGACGCCAGCAAAAACCCCACCUGCCUCCCCUCGAGGUUCAUCGCGUGUGUCAAGCGCCCCGAGUCCGCUUCCCGCGUGCGGCGUGCAUUCGAGGGCUUCGCCAGCAUCCCCGUUGAGGUCUACACGGGUAGCAACGUCGAGGGCGUGCGGCGCGCGGACGUGGUCCUUUUGGGCUGCAAGCCGCAGAUGUACGCUGAGAUAUUGGGUGAGGAGGGCAUGUGCGAGGCAUUGGAGGGUAAGCUGCUCGUUAGUAUUCUUGCUGGGGUUAAGAUUGCUGCGCUCAAGAAGGUGGUGCCCGGUAGUACUAGGGUGGUUAGGGCUAUGCCAAAUACUGCUUCAAAGGUACGAUUGUCGCUUAUUACCUUUGGAGGGGAGUUCUUUCUUUGUUUUUUUUCUGGGCAGGGCAGGGUAUUGAUGCGGAUAGAUUCGCGAAAGCAUGACGGUCAUUUCGGCGGCGGACGAUAUUCCCCCGGAGGAGAAGGCUCUGGUUUCCUGGAUAUUCUCGCAGAUCGGCCGCUCGUUGGUGCUCGGUGAGGAUCAUAUGGACGCUUGCACCGCCCUGUGCGGAUCCGGUCCCGCUUUCUACGCUCUUAUCGUCGAGGCCAUGGCUGAUGGAGGGGUCAUGAUGGGAUUGCCGAGGGCGGAGGCGCAGAUGAUGGCUGCUCAGAGUAAGAUAUUGCGGUCCUGUUUCCCCGUUUAUUCGUUUGUUCAUUUGUUGAUGUGGUUGGGUGUGUGGGGGUUUGUUGUAGCCAUGCAAGGUGCUGGUAGAAUGGUUUUGGCUGGCCAGCAUCCGGCAAUCAUCAGAGAGCAGGUUUCCACUCCAGCUGGCUGCACUAUCUGUGGCUUACUCGUCUUGGAAGACGGAAAGGUCCGCUCGACCAUUGCGAGGACGAUCCAGGAGGCUACCAAUAUGGCUGCAGGGCUCGGU